GCCGCCAAGCAUCAAGUCUACACCACAACAUACAAAAUUAUGUUAUGGCUUGUGAAUCAUGCCUUCUCCAGAUCAAACAGUUUUCUUCUUGCUAUCUGUGCUUCUACCAUAAUUCUAGUUGUUGUUUGUAAAACUUUGCUGACUUUCUGGAUGCUUUUCUGGUGAGGGUGAUGAUGAUAAUCCUCCUGCUCCUUGCACCUCUGUGAUGGUGGGGGGAAGGGGGAAAAAGUUCUUUCUCUGGUCCCCGGUAAGCUAAACAGGACUCCUACGACUGAUGCAAUCCAGUAGUGGGGAACCAACUCGGCAAGAAAACUUCAGGAAGCCAUCAAAGAGCUUGCCCAGAAAGCAUAUUAUGAAAAUUACUUCACGAAAUCCAUCAUAUCAAGGAUUCAUGAACUGGAUUACAACGAAGAGAAGUGCACUGAGCCAGAUAAUGAAGCAGCAUCCAAAGGUCCACCAAAGUAUGAUGCUGCAGGAAGAUAAUCAUCAUCCUGAAUUCGAACAGCAAUUGAUGAACCUUGUUACUGCAUUGGAAAAGCUCUCUGUUGAGAAACAAGGUGCCUUAAUACAAAAAAUUCAAGCUACCAUAACUGACACCUACCAGCCUGGACCACAAAAGGAUAGUGAAAGGCAGUUACCUGCUAGAGUGGUGCAUUCCUCAGCAUGGGUCAAAUAUAAGAAGCUUUGGCGUGGGUUUCCCUUGCCUGUGCUGACAUGUGAUCCUCUGGGCCGUUUUGGGAAUGUGAUGGGACAGUAUGCCACGUUGUAUGCUCUAGCGCACCUUUACAAUGUGUCUGUUGUUAUCCACCCUAAGAUGAAGAAGCAGUUUGUCGAUAUAUUUCCCAACACUUCCCUGCCUGACUUGCCAGGUAACUACUCGCCUAAAGAUUGGCAUAACGUGGCCAACAUUGGCCGCUUAUAUAACUACGCACCCAUUGAAGUUGCUGCGUCCGGCCUCCUUGGUCCUCACACCUUUAUUAUAAAAGAAUAUCCCUUCGAGAUUCAGAUGUUUAAUAAGUUCAAGGAAGAUCUCCGUCGUGAAUUUACUUUCACUUCAAAAUACACAGCCAUUGUACAAUCAUUCCUGCUGAACAUCACAGAAGAGAGGAAAGCAAGAAAGGAGCUGAAUCCAGUCUUUAUUGGGUUUCAUAUUAGACGAACAGAUUAUAUUAAACAUGCUCAGAAUCAGUUUGGUGCCUCCCUCCCAGACCAAGUUUACUUUGACCGAGCCAUGCAGUAUUAUCGUAACAAGUUCCCAGGCAAGGCAGUGUUUAUUGUAGCUUCUGAUGACAUGGUUUUCAUCAAAUCCAAAUUAGAGAAAUAUAAGGAUGUCAUUUUUUCCCCAGGUACCUCACAUAUAAUGGAUUUGGCAAUACUUACUUCAUGCAACCACAGCAUUGUCACCAUGGGAAGUUUUGGUUUCUGGUCAGCCUACCUCACUGGUGGAGAGGUUGUCUACCCUGAUAUAGACUUUAAAAAGGAGUACAGGUUUUCCAGGCAAACUUAUGAGAAGAUAGGGAUGAAAUCCUUCACGCCUCUACCAGCUAACUAAUGUCUGCACUGCAUGACACCCCUUCCAGCUGCUAACAACUACAAUAGUCUUUCUCUGUAGUUCUCUCAACUCUACUCAUUUGUGCUAUUCAACUAACUUGUUUUGUGUAACCCUGCAAUUAACCCAAAAACUUACUGGCAUGAAACAAGGAUGGGCUUUUUGGCAUGAAACAUUAUAACUAGUACACUCAUCUGAAAGUCAGAACACAUUGUAAGGGUGUCAGGCAGACUUCUAAAUUGGAUGAUAAUUUUUUUAAUGGACAGAUAAAUGUGACCAAUGAUCAGAGCUGACUGAAGAAAUGUCACAAGCAUGCUACCUCAAGGUACAGUUCUUGCACCAGUAAUAUUCAUUUUCUAUAUAAAUAAUCAACCAAAGGGAAUACAAAAUUAUAUGAAUAUGUUUACAGAUGUUGCAAAAUUGCUAGGAAGAGUCAGGGACUUUGAUGACUAUUGCCUUCCAAAAUAACCUAAACAAAAUGAGUGAGUAGAGCAACAUACAGCAGGUGGAAUUCAAUGUAAAUAAAUAUGUCACAUAAAGGAAUAUGAAAUAGGGAAAAACAGAUCACAACUGAAAUUACGUGACCAAAUAUUAAACACUUCUAACAAGGAAAGAGAUCUAGGAGUGAUUCUGGAUUCUAAACUGUCACAAGAUGACCACAUAAAGGGCAGUGCACGAGGAACCUACACUAUGGUAGCAAAUUUUAGAACUGCAUAUAAAUAUAUUGACAGAAAUAUUAUUUUGUGAGACCAAACUUUGAAAAUAUAGCAGUGGUGUGGUGCCCAUAUCUCAAGUAGCAUAUAAACAAACUAGAAAGGGUACAAAGACAGGCUACUAAAUGGCUCCUGGAACUAAAAAAAUAUGAGCUACAAAGAGAGAAUGGAGACAUUAAACAUUCCAAGGCUAGAAGAUAUGAAGAAAAGAAGCGAUAUCACUAUGUACAAAAUACUGUAGUAACAAAAUUGACAAGGAGUAAUUUUUGAAACCUGCAACUUCAUGAACAUGAGGCCAUAGAUUCAAGCUAAGGAAACAAAGGAGUCAAAAAAUAUAAACAAGUUCUCUUUUUGCAGAGUGGUAGGUGGUUGAAACAACUCACGUGAGAAGGUGAUGGAUACCAAAACCAAAGGUAGUUUUAUGAUAGAGUGCAGUACUGGGAAAUGAGGACACUAUGAGCAUAGCUCUCACCCUCUAACCACUUAGGUAAUUACAAACAAGAAGGAUGGGCUUACUGGCAUGAAACACUAAAACUAACACACUAAGAAGCAGGAUGGGUUUGUGUAAGUGAUGCUAAAAUGUAACCUUUUCUGGCGCCCCUUCAGCUCCAUGGAGCUAUCUGGGCUGAUAGGAAUGUAUAUGACCCUGGCAUCUGUCAAGCGAAUGGAGUUCUAGGCAUACUGGGGACCACGAGCCAGAACCUAGCUCUCCCUCACAAAAGGCACCAGGAGCAAUGACCUAUAGAAACCCCCAUGUAGUUGGAUGCAUUCUACGUCUGUCAUCGACUGGGUCAGGCACCCAGAAAGGUAGGCGCUCCAAAACAACUCUUAUCUGGUUAAAAUAUUGCUACUGAAAGCCGAACUGUUGGACAGAACUCACCCAAACGAAAACAAGGAAACGAGCAUGAUGUCGCAACCAUUACCGCUGUCUGCACAGCUCCCCUCCCUUCCCAGGAGGGGGAAGGGGGAGCCCCAGACCUCCUGUGCUGGCUCUCCACCUCUAGUUCUGUGGCUAAUGUGAGACCUGGCGGUCAUGCUACUCUCUGUCCAGACUUGUUCCAGCGCUGUGCUUUGUGGUGUGGUCCUGUCCAUCAUGGUGUGUGAGCCAGGAGUAAUUUCUCAGGUACUUGAAAUGCAAGAGCCUAGGAUUACCUUCCCGAGGUGCUCUGUAAGUACUGCCCUUGAGAUUAUCUUCCACAAGUCCCUUGGGGUCUGCCUCCGUGGAAUCUUUUGCUGCUCGGUGGUUGCCCGCCCUUGGAGUCAGCUGGGGUGUUUCAUGCGCCACUCUUUGCCUCUGGGUAGGAGGUAGUUUCAUCACUGGUAGGGGCACAAGGUAUUGUGCAGGUUUUUUUUCACCAUAAUACAGCGGCCGGCUCUGUUCUGCCUUGGUCAUUGUGCUCUUUGCAGAGUUUUUCUUUUUUAUUUGUUUUUCCUGCCUGGUGGGGGGUCUGAUCCUUGGUGUUGAUACCUCAUAUAUAUUGGGGGUCCUCCACUAGGUCCCCGUGAGUGUACAUGUCCUGGGGGUUCAGCUUUUAGCAGUUUGGUAGUUUUGAGCACCAGCUAGCAGUACCUUGCCUGGGCUUCCCUUAGCAGGGCAUCUAAGGGCCUUAGAAACCCCUGCUGAAACUCAGUGGUCCGAUGAAUGCGUCUCCUGGGUCCCAUCUUGCCUUGUGCGAGUUUGAAGAUUGCUCUGUUCCCUUGUCUGUGGGUGACUCUCGCCUGUUCUGCUUCCGUCAUGCUGCCUGUUGGGUCGGUGACACCUUCGACCCGGAGUCCUGUGAGUGGUGUUCCUUGCAUGUACUCUGCUUCACCCAAUCUGCUGUUCUUGAUAUUCAGGUGCAGGCAGCUUUGGUGUUGCAUGCCUGUUAUAAGUUGUUGCAGCGUGCUAAGUUGGUUACUCACCCUGAUGCCUUGAGACUGCCCCAUUUUGGUUAUAGGGAUUCAAACUCUGGGGUGUUAGUCACUUCAACUUUGGUUUCGUCUGUGCCCCCGGGUCUUUCCCCUGCUGUUGUUCGUCCUGUUCCUCUGCCCCUGCUCCCGGCUCUGAAGUGUUUAAGGGUUUCAGAGUCAUGGCAGGGUUUAGUUGGUGGUGAGAUUCGGGUGUGUAGCGGAGGCAUUCGAGCCUGUUCCUCCAGCCGGUGCUUCUGAGUCUGACCAGUGGGCCCCCUUCAUUACAGCUUUUCCGGCGGCUUCUGCCUUUGCUUUUUAGGCAGAGGGUUAGGAGGACGGCUUGGGUCCGGGUCCUGAUGUGGGGGUUCCCAGGGUGGGGGAGGGGCUGACUUGAAGCCUUGGGCCCCAUUUGACCCCACUUGGGUUUUCAUACCCUCUGAGCGAGGCUUGUUGCUGCAGGGAGUGGGUUUUCUUAUACUCCCCCCCCCCCUCCUCGUACGAGUUUGAUAUGGUGUCAACCCCUCCCCGGGUUCGGUUCCGGGUUCCCUUGGGUACUUCAGUCCCUUCAUUCUGGAGGUUUUUGGCCUCCCCCAUCCUGUCUCAUGAGUUGCAGGAGGCCAUUGCAGUUUACUUCCUGCGCAACCCAUAUUAGGCAUCGAUAAUGGAUCCUGCCUCUUUUGAGUUCGGUUCUUCCUUUCCUCACUGGGUUCGUUAUGAGAUUCCGGAGUCGUCCUGGUUGGCAGAUUGUCCUGUUUUUUCGUUGGAGGCGUGGCAUAUGUUCUGUCGGUCUCGCAUGCUUGAGUGACGAGAAUCCCUUAUGGUGGUUCAGGUUUACCUGGGGAGCGAGUUUGAGCGCCUCAGUGUGUGUUUGUUCGCCCUUGCCCUUCCUUGGGAUGUCAGCCUGGUACAGCUUCACGUGCAGGUUCCCUCCCUUUCGGUUGUCCUAGUUGAUGAGGACUUGCGUGCCCAUGACCAUUUGGUUUCAUUCUUGCAUUUUUUUCCCUUCUUGAGCUGUAUUCUGACUGGCUUGUGUAGGACAUGGAGGCGCUUGGAGCCGAUCCUGGGUCUGGUGCGCUGGUCUCAGCGGUGUGGGUGUUGGCUGCGCUGUUAAAGCUGUUUGCACCGAUCCUAUGGGAGGCGGUGUCUCUGUUCUUUCCUUCUCGUCUUGCGUGUUUGCAGGCGGUGCUCGCUCAAUCCUUGGAAUCCGCUUGGGCCCCUGGCUCUUAGGUUUUCUACGCCUUUUUGUCCUUUGAUGUUUGCAGAGUCUGUGGUGGUGCAGUAUCUGUAAGCGACUUCUUCUAGUUGUUGUCCCAUGUUGGACUUGUUAGUUCUCCGUGCCCGCGGGAGUCUUCCCAAAAGGGUUGUGCCAGGGCUUUGGGUUCUCCCAUUGUGGUAGGCCAGUGGUACCAGUUUCGGAGCCGGCACAGCCUUUGGAACCGACGACAACUGAUCUGCGCGGUGAUCACUCUGCUCGUAAGUUGACUUCACGUAAGGGGCGUCGACCCUUUCGCGGUUCAUCCAAUUGACGGGGGCGAUGGGGGGAAGGCUCACGCUGUUCGCCCAUUCCCAUGUUCUGGUUUUUCAGGGUUCAGUGCCUUGGCGCCAACCCGAGCCCUUGCUUGAUGUGUUCACGGAUACAUCGUCUCUUGGCUGGGGCUUUGUGACCAGUGCUCACCAGGCCAGCCAGGGGCAGUGGGGUUCCUUCCAUUGGGCCCACAUCACGGUGCGGGAGUUCGCAGCCUCCCACACCUCCCAAACAGGGAACCCUAAUUCCCUGUUCCAGGGCUCGGGUCGUCCGCAGAGUUAUUAAGUCUAGCCAACCUGCGGUCUAUCCUUGUGCCCAUGACCUUCGGAAGUUUGCUGCUUUGGCUGACUUUUUGGCAACAUGUCUUGGGCUGAUAUUUGGGCGCAGGGAUUUUGGAAGUUGAACAGAGUUCUGGCUGCCCAUUGUUUGAUGAACAUUUCUUGUCCUGGGGCAUUCAUGUGUUGCUUUGGGUUGCAGGUUGCAGCAGUUUUGGCUGCGAAGUCGUUGUCUCGACUUCGAGUUGAGGAGCGAGUGGCAGCUCCCUCCCUCCCUAAGUCCCUCUUUUCCUUAUCUUUAGUUAGGUAGGUUUCAGAGAGCCAAAGGGACUCCCCACAGAAAACCUGCGUUGAAUGUAAUGAAACACCAUUUUCUGAGCGAGCCCGGGAUGCUCUCUGGUACCCUCCUUCCCUCACUCCGGUUAGCAGUUUUCGCUUUGUUUUGAUGCCUAACCUCUGAACUAGGAUUGCUGGGUAGCUGGCACGGAGGGUCCAGGGCUCACCCCUCACCCAUCCCCGAUGGGAAGGGGGGCGCUACGCGGACUAGCGCCACCGCGGCGGUGUGUGACGUUUGCUGUUUGUUUCCUUUGGAAUUGGGGGAGUUCUGCCUCUAUGUUUGGCAUACAUUUGUAAUUUUCUUACCAUGUGGGGUCUGUUUUGUUAUGCCUAUCUUUCU